GUGCAUGGCGUGGGCCGUAAUUAGCUCGGUGGGGACAGGGGAGACCGACGGCGAGUGAUCGACGUGACGUAAAUCACUUUGCAGAUCUCCCCGCAAACAAAUUCCCAGCCUCGUCUCGCGACUACUUUACAAGCCCAGCACCGGCGUUCUCAUCGCCACCGUCACUCUGCUCAUCAUCAUGACAAGCAUCAUCCUCACAGGCGCUACCGGGAAUGCCGGCUCUGCUAUCCUCACAAACGCACUCGCCUCACCUCUCAUCUCGCGCGUGACGGUGCUCGCGCGCCGCGCGCCCUCCGUGCAAAGCGACAAGCUCACGACCAUCAUCCUCCCGUCGGACGAAUAUCCGCGGGGCUUCGAAGAGCUGCCGCCGGCGCUUGUCGAGCGGCUGAAAGGGCACGACGCGGUCGUGUGGGCCCUGGGAAUCAGCCAGACGCAGGUCGACAAGGACGAGUUCCACAAAAUCACAUACGACUACACCGUCGCCGGCGCGUCCGCACUCAAAGCCCUUGGGAGUAAAGACAAGCCUCUCCGCUUCGUCUUCAUGAGCGGCAUGGGCGUGACGCAGGGCCCGCCGGGCAUGUUCACGCCCCUCUUCGCGCGCGUCAAAGGCGAAGCGGAGCGCGCGCUGCUCGCCAUGGAAAGCGACACUUUCACCUCCGUCUUCGUGCGCCCCGGCGGCAUCAUCCCCAGUGCGGAGGUACGUCCCGUCCCAAUCUCUCAGUUAACGGCAGCAAGCACCCCGCGUGCCCUUUUUCACUCGCUGGGGAUCCGUCGCCGCCAGCUGCGUCUAUCCCUCCGCGGUGAUCACGUCGUCCGCGCUCGCCGACGCAUGCCUCCUCCUUGCCAGCGGACGGGGAUGGGACGCGCGCUCCGCCGACCACACUAUCGAGAACGUCCCCCUCAAGAAGCUGGCGGCGGAGUACCAGGCUGUAGUGAGCUAGCGGGGCGCUAGCAGGGGUAGUACCUCGACAGACGAGAAAUUUUAGUUAUGUAACAUAGUGUCACCGUGAGGCAGCAA